AUGCAUGUAUUAAUAAUAGGUGUUGUUGGCGUGAGAAGAAAAAUUAUUCAGCGGAAAAGAGAUAAUAAUUACAGUGAGAGAAAAGUGGAUGUGGAGUACUCGCAGGAGACGCAGGGCUCAAGUGAAGAAGAGGACGAACUGUGCAGGAGUGUAAAGAAGUUUAAAGAUAGUAAUGGAGAAAGACCCUUCUCCCAGCCUCACAGACAGGUCAGUUAUAAAGAUAGCUUGGUGGGGGACAUCGUAGGAGCUUAUGCACAAACUUUCAGGUUUGAUAAUGAGGAAGUUAUGGAUGAAGAAUCUGACACAGGGCUGGAGGAGUUAACUGAAGGCAUGGCAGAUGUUACGUUGUCUAAAGAAACCAGGUCCAGGAUCAGAGCUCCAUGGUUCAAGGCUUUGAUCGUGAAAGUGUAUGGUAGAACUGUAGGAUUCAGCUACCUCACUUUCAAAAUCAAUGUGUUAUGGAAACCUAUGAUCAAGAUGGAUUGCGUGGAUUUGGGAAAUGAUUUAUUUUUAAUUAAAUUUAGUGAUGAUAGUGAUUAUGAUAAGGUCUUAAGGGGUGGACCAUGGUUUGUUGGUGAACACUUCUUAGCCAUUAAGCCAUGGGAGCCCUACUUCAAAGCUUCAAAGGCCACCUUUACUUCAGUGGCAGUUUGGGUUAGACUCUCAAAGCUUCCAAUAGAUUUUUAUGACACAUUAGUCCUAAGGCAGAUUGGCAGUGCUAUAGGUCCAGUCUUGAGGAUUGAUUCAUACACAACAACUGGGUCAAGAGGAAGCUAUGCUAGAUUGUGCAUUCAAGUUAAUUUAGAAAAGCCAUUUAUCAACAUUGUUAAGAGUGGGACGCUUGAAACAAAAGGUUAUGUAUGA